GGCGGCGGCGGCGGCGAAUCCUCGUCCGGCUGGCCGGGUGUGCGAGCACUAGUGGGAGCUGGAGAGGGCGAGAGAGGGGAGAAAGCCCCAAACCACCCCGAGCCCGAGCAGAGCGGCUGCGAGCCGGGCGGGAAGGGGCUGUGCGCGGGAGGCAGGCGGGGGGCGAGCGCGGCGGAGCGCCGGGAGCGGCGGCAGCCCCGGCAGAAGAGGAGCAGCCCCGCGGAGCCUUCGCGGACGGUGAGGAUGGUGGUCGUCAACAUAUGCUGGGGCCAGCUGACUAACUGACUAACAAAAUUGGGUGGAGUUCAUUUCUUUUGUUCCUGAGAGCUGAAUAGGAGAAAGGGACAUUUCAGCUUUUCUUGAUAAAGAUUAUAUCAUCUUACUUAAACUGUGAGACACGAAUACUUCUUGAAAGUUAAGAAUUCUACAGCUCUAAGACAGCGCCUGCACCUGUGGAAAAGGGCUUUAACCCUACACUGCACUCUCAGCGCAGGUUUGGAGUGAUAUCACGCAAGCUUGUCCACCUCCUCUGUACUGCUGUUUGUCACUGAGCAAAACAUCAACUACCAGCCAGUUUUCUAGACAACAUGCCCUUGCGAAGUUCUGCCAAGCUGAGCAUGGAGACCAGAAAAGAUGGUGAGAGUACAGCCUCUGCUCCUCCCCAGAAGAAGCUGUUCUGCCAGUGCCACCACCACUGCCCUGAGGACUCGGUCAACAGCACCUGCAGCACCGAUGGCUACUGCUUCACCAUAAUUGAAGAAGAUGAGUCCGGUGGACAUUUAGUCACCAAAGGAUGUCUUGGAUUAGAGGGCUCAGACUUCCAGUGUCGGGACACUCCUAUUCCACACCAAAGAAGAUCUAUUGAAUGUUGCACAGGCCAAGAUUACUGCAACAGACACCUUCACCCUACGCUGCCACCAGUGAAGAAUCGAGACUUUGCUGAAGGAAACAUUCACCACAAGGCCCUGCUGAUCUCAGUGACUGUUUGCAGCAUCCUUCUGGUGCUUAUCAUCAUAUUCUGCUACUUCAGAUACAAACGCCAAGACACGAGGCCCCACUACAGCAUCGGGCUGGAGCAGGAUGAGACCUACAUUCCCGCUGGAGAGACCCUGAAGGAUUUGAUCGAGCAGUCCCAGAGCUCAGGGAGCGGUUCUGGGCUCCCUCUCCUGGUUCAGAGGACCAUCGCAAAACAGAUUCAAAUGGUGAAGCAGAUUGGAAAAGGUCGCUAUGGAGAAGUCUGGAUGGGAAAGUGGCGUGGCGAAAAGGUAGCAGUGAAAGUGUUUUUUACUACAGAGGAGGCCAGCUGGUUCAGAGAAACAGAAAUCUACCAGACUGUCCUGAUGAGACAUGAAAAUAUUCUUGGAUUCAUUGCUGCAGAUAUUAAAGGUACAGGAUCUUGGACCCAGCUGUAUCUUAUCACUGACUACCAUGAGAAUGGCUCACUUUAUGAUUAUCUAAAAUCUACUACCUUGGACACAAAAGCCAUGCUGAAACUGGCUUACUCCUCUGUCAGUGGCUUGUGCCACCUGCACACUGAAAUCUUCAGUACUCAGGGCAAACCUGCUAUUGCCCACCGUGACCUAAAGAGUAAGAAUAUCCUGGUGAAAAAGAACGGCACCUGCUGUAUAGCAGAUUUGGGCUUGGCUGUUAAAUUUAUCAGUGAUACAAAUGAGGUAGACAUCCCUCCAAAUACCCGUGUAGGAACAAAACGUUAUAUGCCUCCUGAGGUGCUGGAUGAAAGCUUGAAUAGAAAGCACUUUCAGUCCUACAUCAUGGCUGAUAUGUACAGUUUCGGACUCAUCCUUUGGGAGAUAGCAAGGAGAUGUGUUUCAGGAGGAAUAGUUGAGGAAUACCAGCUUCCAUACCAUGACCUCGUGCCCAGCGACCCCUCCUAUGAGGACAUGAGGGAGAUCGUGUGCAUCAAGAGACUACGCCCCUCAUUUCCCAACAGAUGGAGCAGUGAUGAGUGCCUACGGCAGAUGGGGAAGCUGAUGAUGGAGUGCUGGGCUCACAGCCCUAGCUCCCGGCUCACAGCUCUGCGUGUCAAGAAAACACUUGCCAAAAUGUCAGAGUCCCAGGACAUUAAACUCUGACUCUGCCAGAGCGAAGGCCCCUGAAAGUGGACUUUGUUGUGCAAGCAGAAGUCCUGAAGAUGUAUCACAAGUCUUUGCUUAGUACCUUGAAUGGAGGACUCAUGCUUAAGAGCAGCUGUGAGUUUUUGAGGAGACUAAUCCAUUGCAAAAAUCACCCAAACUUUGACAUGCAAGAUUGAAGAGGCUUUUCUGCCCUUGUUUACAUGGGGAAAUACAGUUUUAGUAACUGGUUUAAGAUUAUGCAUGUUGCUUUCCAUGAAAGCCACUUAUUAUUUUAUUAUUAUUAUUGUUAUUAUUAUUAUUUUGAUUGUUUAAAAAGACACUGCUUUAAAUUUUAUGAAAAUAAGACUUUUGGGUUAGAAGUAAAAAAUACGUAUAUUGUUACAUUUGUUACAUUUAAAAAAUGGAGGAAACUGCUGAAAAUGAAAGCAAACCAACUUUUUUGUUUCCAAAAAGACUAUUGCACUCCAGCAUUUAAAAACAAAAAGGUGAGUGGGUCUGUGUAGCUCAGAGGAGCUGUAAUGCAGCCUGUCUUAAAAGCCACCUAUUUGUGGGGAUAAUGUUCCAAACACUGCAUGUGCAAGUGAUUCUCACAGUACAGAGAUGGAGCCGAUUACAUCCCUGCCAUCCCUGUUGGUGUGGGUGGCCUGAUUCCUGUGGGUAGCCCAUCCCAGGGAAGGUCAUGCUUUGUUUAAUGUAGUUGGGAGCUGUAUGAAUAUGGUUUGGUGUGACUUGUUUAAAAAACAUUUUCAUGUUUCCAGGAAACCUGAUGGGGAUAUUACCGCAAUCAUAAACAAGUGCCCUUGUUCUUGGCUUUUUUUCCCUUCCUUUUCCCCCACUGCAAAAUAAAGUAUUUUGUGUGCAAGUGGAAAUGAAGUACAUGUUUGAAUCUGUUGGGUAAUUUGGAACUGCUAGCACCCAUAAACAACCACUGUUUAAGAGGAAAUUCCUUGUGCGUGGGAAUUACUAACUCACUUCUUCCUUUGUGUAAAGGUGAGGGGUCCAUCUACAACCACAGCUGAGGAAAAAAGAAAAAAAAAAAAAAGUUCACUUUUUUUAAGGGAAAGUGAAAAACCUCAAAAGUGCCCAUUUCUAGGGUGGCAAUCAUAUUUCCUUGAGUGUGAGAAGACCGGGUGCCUUGAGGCCGUAGUAAGAAGUGACAGGGAGGGAGAGUGGGACACAUGAGGUAGGUGAUGAGAGCUGGGAGCCAUGGGCAGCAGUGGGUACCUGCCUCCAGCACUUCUGCUGUAGUGAGAGACACCACAAACCAAACAACUGGCUCAAGCUUUAUCUGCAUUACUAUUUUGGGUGGCCUUCCCGCAGCCUCCACACCUCUGGCAGCCACUGCACAGCAGUGCCAGGCUCAGCUGCCGGGCUGGGGCUGUGUAGCAUUGUGGUUCCCAGCAAGAGGAGCUGUCAGGUGAGGAAAGCAAUGAGAAAUGUAUUUUGUGUCUUUCUCAGUUCUUCCUUCCUGAGGCUGCAGCAGUUGUAGCAAUGCUAAUGCUACAGAAGGGGAAAUGAGAGGUGAAAUAUACUUUGGGAAGUGUUUUCUUUGGACAGGUUCUGUUCUUCGUCAGAUUACCAAAGCUGAGCUGCAUGGGAGUUACUAGUUUACGCUUUUUUACUCGUUUUUUAAAUUUUUUCUGCCUGCCUAUAUUUUACUAGCUGGUGUUCAGCUUAAUUUUGAAAUAAGUCCUUACAAAUGCUGCUUUGAUUAUGCUAAGCCUAUUUCAGAACUGAAAUAAUUGCCAUGCAGGAUUUAGCCUCAGCACUUCUGUAAUUUUUUUUCCUCUUUUUGGACAAAACAGAUUUGUGGUAGGUAGGUGUAUAAUUGGGGUUUAGCUUAAACAGCUCCCAGAAGGUAUUUCUAGCUGGAAAAAUUACCAUGCUAUACUUUCAAGCUAACAGAGAAAAAUGUGCAUUUCACGAGAACCAGCAAGAACUUCAUGAUGACAGGUGUUAAAAAGCUUAAUCAGAAGUUUUUUGUACGAGUGCUUUUUCUACAGUGCAGUUGCCCUGCCUGUACCCAAAUUCAUCAAGCAAUACAAAAAGAAAAUCUCCAAGAGUUAUUAAUACACCAGAUCCUGACCCCAGGAGGGGUGACAAUGGUUUCCCCAUCCUUAAAUGUUUGUGAGGCUGAGAGCGGAGUUUGCUCCUCUCCUUGGCCACCCUGGCUUUGAGAUUUGGGACCAAAAUGGGGACAGCUCAGUGUCUUCACUUUUUUUGUCUUAGUGAAUGGAGCCAUGGGUUUCUAGUCUCAUUUCUUCCCAUAAAAACCAGCACACCCUGUGGAACUGAGAUUUCUUGGCUCCAAAGAAGCAGCUGAGACUUCCAUGUCCCAAGUUGCACAGCAGGAAUGCUUCUUUCCUGUCUGUUUAGGUGAGUUUCACCUCUACCCUCUUCAAAUAGCUGGGUUUUUUGGUUUCUUGGGUUUUUUUAAUUAGGGCUCUCUCCCCAGGAGUGUUUUGGAGAGUGCUUUGCUGGCUGGCAAUGAAUGCCCCUGGCACCUGCCAUCAGCGUGUUGGAAGAGAAAGGGCCAGUCACUGGAUUCCUUCCAUCUUACCUUUUUUUCAGUCCAGAAGAAAAGAGUCUGAGAUACUGGUUGAUAGAUCACAUGAAGUGUGUAUGUUAAAUGUUCAAGUUUAUGUGGUUAUAUAUACAUAUAUAUAUGUGUGUGUAUAUAUAUAUGUGUGUGUGUGUAUAUAUAUAUAUAUUCAGUUGUGAGUCUGGAAUAGCUCCAGUAUGUGGAUUAAGAGUAAGGUAUUGUGGAUGAAAAAGCACCAAAUAAAACAUAAUAUUUAUUUGUAAAAAUGCAUAAAUGACAAAUCACUACAAUGGUGCUGUAUAGGAAAAUAGAUAUCUAUCUGCCUGUAUAUAUAUGAGGAGACACGCACUGAGAAAGCAAACAGUCUGUGAAUGUGUAACUAGUGCCUGUUUUCUCUCAAGACCAGAUUUUGCCCUCAAAUCUCCCAUCCACUGUAAUCUAUCAUGAAGGGCUAUUCCUAAGGCCAAACAAGAGCCUAAGGCGGGUGUGGAGAGCUGUUGUUCCAGCACUGUGACAUUUCAGUUAGUGCCUGUAUGGGUGAAUUUCUGUAACACUCAGCAUGUCAUUAUUAAGGUUUCAGCACCUGCAGUGAUGACAGGUUAGUAUGUUUAUUUUGCCAGGUCUGGCCUUUUAAUGUCACUUCCAUAUUUUUGGUAGUUUCAGAGGGCACAUUGACGAGGGCUUGGAAGUCAGUGGUAAAGAUUAUUGUGGCUUUGGUGCCCAUGGAUCUAGAAAUCCACUUCUCAAGCAGAAAUCGUUCAAGGAAGUGUAGUUUAGUUUCUUACUGGCAUAGGUAAGUGGGAGAAAAAAAAAGAUAUCAUCUAGCAACUGCUAUCCUUUCUCUAGCACGAAGUUAUUUCUAUUAAAGAAAAGGUUGUCAGUGUAGAGAUUAAGAUGUCAUAAAGGUAAAAGAAAUGUAAAAAAAAAGCCCUCAUAAAAUCAGGCCUGCUUUGAUAAACUGCCAUAGUUAGCCUGUGACUUCUAAUUUAAAAGUUCCCAUGUGAAAACUAUGUAUGAGAACUCGUUAGCGUAACAGCCUGUUCCUGGAUUGAAAAACAAAUGCAACUGCAACAAAAAAGGGUUUGUCCCAUGAAAAUCAGUAAAGGAAAUCUGUAACAAUCCAAGAAUACUGGAUAGACAAGGAGAGCAGUUUUUUUACUAAGCAAUAGUGUAAUUGGCAAGAAAGCUAUUAACCAAUUAAAGCUGCACACUUUCACACUGAGGUCUGUGAAAACUGUGUAAAAUGAGUUAUGAGAAUAAAGAAUUGGCUUUUCCUGCAUAAAAAUAAUGGAGUGUGGACUAACUUACUACAGUAUCUGAUGACCCGAUGCGAUCGCGGGAUGCGCCGGCUGAGCCGGGCCGGGACUCGAGAGCAGGAAUACACAGAGCCGCGAACGAGCAGCCCGCGGGGAAACGAAGUUCGAGAGGCGAAAGCACAAAGCAGCGAAAGGCCGCGGCUGCAGGCGGCUGCGGGACGGCCCAAAGUGCACAGAGACAAGAGGCGGGCGGGGGAGCGGGACCGGGCGGGAGCGCACGGCGCCGCGGAACGCACAGACACAGAGACACGAGCACAGAAACAAAGACAAACAAAACGAGACACAAACAGAGAAACAAGCACAGAAACAGACACAGCUCCCGGGAAAGCGCCGCCCGGGAGGGGGGUUGAACAUGGACCGGAAAAUGCAUUGCGGCCACUGAGACGGGGGAGACAGCGGCCAGAAAGAGCCGUGGAAAAUGCGCUGUGGGAGAUCCGCGCCGAAAAGUGCGCACGUAGGCCGUGGGGUGAUGUCCAGACUGCGAGUUUAGAAAACGGCGUAAAAUACGGGGGAUUGUAGAUCACGAAUUUCAGCUGACGAAAAAGCGAUCAUACGUGUGUGGGCACUUAUAUUGCAAAAUUGGGCCAAAACGGGAUAAAACAGGAUAAAAGCAAAUGUGAACUUUAUUUCUACGGCGUAGGAAACAACGUGAGAGCAGAUGGACAAAAUGCCUUUUCUAUCGAAAGCUGGGACGAGUUGGGGCAGCUUUUGUGGACAGCGGCCAUAGGGAAGCCGUAGUAGCCACAAAAUCGUUACCUACGUGGCAUUUUAUUAGAAAUUCUUUUAAAAAACUACAAUCUGCUGAAGGGACCGCAGCUGCUGCGGCAUUCGCCCCCCGCGGGCUCCACAGACCUCUCGGUCAGUGCCGCCUGUGUCUCCAGGUCCGUUUCUGUUCCCUCUACCCACGAACGAUGGAAAAGCUACCUUUUAAUUCUGUUUUUAUGUUGAAAAGACUAUUAAAAAGUGCUACAGCCACUUGGAAGGCGCUCCCCAGCCCGGCCGUGUGCAGGCGCCCGGAAGCGGAACCGUGCGCGCCCCUCGCCCCGCGGUUCCGGCGGGACGCGGCUCUGCCCCGCCGGCGCGGGGGGGCCGCUCCCGCUCCCCGGGGCCGCGGCGGCUCCGCUCGGGGAGGUUUUAUCCUCCAGGAGCCCCCGAGGCACCGCUCGGUUCGCAGCCCCACAGGGAACGCGCCAGCUCUGCAGAAGGCAGGAACCGGAGCACAUUUCCUGCUCACAGCUCCUCCCCAGAGCUGAGGGCUCCAAUGCCGUUCCCUCAUUCCCUCCCGGGCUCUGCGCGGGAUUUCCAAAGCCCCGCGGCUCUGCCGGGCCGGGAGCCGGGAGCCACAAGCGCUGUGUGCCUUUUGAACCUUUUCUGUAUUUGUUUCGGUGUUUCCCCCGUUGCUACACGCGGCCUUUAGAGGUUUUUGUGUCGCUUUCCUCCCGCGGUGUCUGGGCCGGGGGAUGCGGCAGCCCCGGGGCUGUGAGGGCUCUGCGCUCCCGCCGCCCCCGCUGCCCGGGCAGUGCCGAGCUCAGAUCAGUCUCUGCGGCUGGAGCUCAGCACGGCGGCCUUUGCUGCUUCCUUGCCCCGCAGCAGCUGCGAGGUGGCAGCGCCGGAGUUCUCCUUCUCUUUCCCCUCCCUCAUCUCCUUUUUCCUGCGGGCAGCACAGCCCCCGCUGCAGCGCGGAGCGGGUUCUGACUGCCGCUGUUUAAUGAAACUUUACGCGUUGUGUUUGUGUGCCUUGAAAACCUGUUGAUAUAGGGGUUUUUAAAGUUUAUUUUGUUUUCUGACUGAAUUCUAAUUAUUUACAGUUUUAUGGUUGCUGGAGAGAUACAGAGCCGUAAAUUCGGUGUCUCAUUACUUAUCAAAGAUUUCAACACAGUCUGAUAUCUUUAACAAGAAUGAUAACAAAUUUGCCAGAUGAAAUUGCACAAAAUACAAUCGCGAUAAGCUACUGAGCUGUUCACCAGAAACAAGUUACUAAAAACAAAAACAAAAAACAAACAAACAAACAAACAAACAAAAAGCCGUUUGCUAUCCUUUUCCUAGCACAAAGUUAUCUCUAUUAAAGAAAAGGUUGUCAAUGUAGAGACUAAGAUGUCAUGACAGGUAAAAGAAUUAUAAAAUAAAGCCUCAUAAAAUCAGGCCUACUCUGCUAAAUUGCAAAAGUUAGCCUGUGACUUCUAAGUAAUUUGCAAGUUCCUAUGCAAAAACUAUGUAGGUAUGAGAACUCGUUAGCAUAACAGCCUAUUCCUGGGUUGAAAAACAAAUGCACUUGCAAUAACAAAGGAUUUGUUUCAUGAGAAUCAGUAAAAAAAAUAUGUAAACAAUCCAAGAGCACAGAGAUUGGAUAGACAAGUAGAACACUUUUUACUGAGCAAUAGAGUAAUUGGCAAGAAUGCUAUUAAGCAAUUAAAGUUACACACAAGGUCUGUAAAAAGUGUAUAAAAUGAGUUGUGAGAAAAAGAAUUGGCUUUUCCUGUAUAAAAACAGUGGGUCUUGGCUAACUUACUACGAUACUAAGAAACAAAUUUGUGUUCUUUUUUGAGAACCAGUGCCUUAUUAAAUCCGUAAAUACUGUAAUUAGAAAACCUGGGGAACAAACUGCAUUAUGUUGUAUUUGUUCAAAUUAUAUAUGGUUGUUCUAACAUUCACCACCCCACCCCCCCAAUAAAAAUUGUUUCCAUCUCCCCAUGACAGAGACUGCUAUUUCCUUUUCAUGUGCUUGAAAAGCACCAUCUUUUUGUUUAAUUUCCCUGGUUAGAUUAUUUUGACUGUGCCUCAUUUUGUUUAUUUUGUUUUUACAAGAUUUUUUCCUCUGAGCAAACAAGUAAACAGCAAAAUGUUGCAUAUGUUUCCACUGGCAUAAAAAAGCAUCAUUCUUUUCACAAGUCAGUGAAGAGAAAAAUAGUAAUUAAAAUAGUGUUAUCACUAAUAGAGCAGUUGCUCAUGUUUUGUGGCUGAUUAUGUAAAUCUGUAGGAACUUCGCAUUAGCAUAGUAUUUUUUAGAACCCCCCCUUCAUUCUGCCACAUCUUUAUGAAUAUUUUUGACUACUAUUUUGAAUAGCACAAGAGGAACAGGAGUGAUCUCUGCAAAGUCUAAACCUAGAAUUCCCAGCCCCAUGCAUUAGGUGAAAAAGUUUCAGCCUACAUACCCAGCAUCAGCUGAAAAUGUCAUUGCUUAACGCUGAGACAUGGGGGAUGUACCUCUGUAUUUACUGAGGUAUCUCUGUGAAUUUCUACUUAAAGCUCAUUAUUCUCAUUCUGCAGUGCUGUGUUGCAGAUGCAGCUCGGUCUUUCCUAAUUUUUAAUUGCCUUGCUGGUUAUUUUCAGGAAAGUGUGUCAAUAAUAGCGAUUUUCCCUUGAGCUCCGCAGCCCCUGCAGCUCUCCUGCGUUGCCCCAGGCCGUCUGUGUUCAGUGGCAUUGCAGUUAUUCUCCAGCAGCAUUUCUACAGCCCCUCGACCUGGCCACAUCGACAUGACAAAACCCUGUGCUUGCUGCACAUUACCCCUGGCAUGCCACUGAAUCCCACAGUUCUUAUGUGCAGAAACAUCUCUUUUGAGGAGAUUUUUUUUUCUUUUUUUCUUUUUUUUUUUUUUUAAUAAGCCAAAUAAAACACUCCACUUCUUAGCUUCCAGGAACUGAACAAUUGAACACAAGAUAGUGGUGUAUUUUUUUUUCCAGUUGCUUAUAAAUAUAAUUUAUUACCUGUUUAAAAAUUCUUUCUUACACUUUGUACAUGUCAGGCUGACAAUAAAUGCAGGCAUUUACAAACAGAGGGAGGGAGAAAAAGGGAGGGGGGUAAGAGGCACACUCAGAACUAGUAAACCACACCUCCACUGUAUACAGCAAUACAAAUAAUGCAAUGGCUAGCACUUCUCCUGUAGUAAGUCAGUCUUUAGAAAAGGAAUUGCAUAGAAGAUACAACAAUAGGGAAAUCAAAACCAAAAGAGUUCUCCAGAUCUGAAUAGCAAAGAAAACAAAUCCCACAAACCCCAGCAGUGCUGUGGCAUGGGAGGAGGAGGGGAAAUGUGAUACACCUGGGUCACACAGAUGUUUCUUUUCCUACGGGCCCUCCUUUGCUUUGGAAAGGUACUGAAGAUAUCCCCAUUUUUUCCUUUUUUUUUUUUUUUUUUUUUUUUUUUUUUUUUUUUUUUUUUUUUUUUUUUUUUUUU